CGACACCACUUUCUUGCUCUCUUUCUCUCUCUCAUUCAAUGACGAAUCCCAAACUCUGCAUAUAUGUUGCUAUUAUUCAAAUUCCCGAGGAUGGUGAUGGAGUCGAGAUAUCCCCCAAUACCCUCAAAGCACCGUAUUAUUCGGUCCACAAUGAGGCUUCUACCGAUUCGAAUGAGCACCGACUUGAAGUGGUUAGCAUUGAUGAUAUCAUUUGCUACGUCGCUGGAAAGAAGAACACAAGUGAGGACAUGAUUACUUUGUGGAAGCCGAAGGAACACGUACACAAUAUCGACAAGCUCCGAGAACUUCUCAAGGAGAACGACUAUAACCUGGAAUGCUUCUGCGACAAUCUAUCGAACUAUGGCAAUCAAUCCUGUGAUUGCGUACUCCCUGUCAAAGCAAACACACGCAAUGUUAUGUUACCGCUGCUUGUAGCGCAAAUUCAUCAACGUGGAGAGUUGGAGAAUAAGAGGAAGAGAUACACUGCAGAUGUGGAUUCAGAAACAGACGACCACCCAUGGGUAAAGCGAUACAGAGAAACGAAAGAAAAUAUCGACGACACUCCCAGCCCAUCUGUCGCUGCGCAAACAAAGAACUACAUAAAGUUCCAGAACAGAAACACACCCUUCCUUGAUGGCCGCUAUGCUUCCAUUGGUCACAUACCGACUCUCGCACUGCCCAUUGUGGUAUACGAUCCUAUCUUUGCGACCUUCGUCGCAAACCUUGAUCGCUCGGAUCUGGUGGAUGAUGAGAUGCGGAAGACAGCACUGCAUUUCAUGUCGCAUGCGUCACAUAUACGCGAUUUGGAGAAGGAACACUCUAUAUCUAACCGCGAACAGCUCAGAAAGAUGCUUCAAUCUGCCAUUGAGAGCAUUGCUGCCGGCAUCCGUGACGCAAAAGCUGAUCACAUCAUCCCCCAUAUUUGUGAAAUGGAGACGGGGCCGGAGAUGGCUGCACUUGGAAUAAUAGAGGAGAAACCUGAACUGGGGAAAAGCGGAGACGCCAUCGUCCAAGCUCAAUUUUAUUACCGCGUGUACUGGGGCAAACGUGAGCCUCUACUCGAUCGUAGCUUUAGCCCAACCUUCCUCAUCGGCUUAACGGGGCCGUAUAUGUCCAUCAGCGGUGCCAUUUGGACGACUGAUAUAAUUGUUCAGCCUCUCCUCAAACGGCUCUGCUGGCUCGCUCCUCCCCCACUGAUUAGCGACUUUGACAUCGAACCCGUCGCACGUAUCUUUGCUGCCUUGAGAGAAGGUUUACGAUCUCUCCAAGAGCGAUACCGACAAACGGCUCUCCUCAAUUUCGAAAACCGGUUCUACCCGCUAGCGACCUCUUUCACUUACUUCAAUAAGAAAGUCUCCUUCAAAUAUAAGCAAUAUCUCAAGUCAGGCGAUGCAUCCUGCUCGGCCUUUUUGGCCAUGCUGGAUGAUACAGAUGCAAUCUUCGAUGAAGAAAACCAAGCCUUUGCCAUAGAUAUGCCGGUGGUUGUCAAAUUUGUCGAGCGGUAUGGCAAGGACGCACAUGAACUCCUAGCCAAAGAAGGUCUCGCUCCCAAGUUGUACUACUGUGACGACAUAUGGCAGGACGACCCAAUAGCAAAUGCGGGCUGCGGGCCACGCAGAAUGGUUGUGAUGGAGUACAUUAAGGGUCGGGCUGCAACUGAAAUGGACUGUGCCAUCCAUCGGGAGAGGCUAUCCCGUGCAGUUGACCUCCUCCAUAACAAUCAGAUGGUCCACGGCGAUUUUCGUCUGCCAAACAUCAUGGCAACUGACAAUCCUCGUGCUCGUCUCAAGAUCCUCGACUUCGACUGGGCUGGCAAGCAGGGAGUGGUGAAGUAUCCAAUGCGAUUAUCCCAGGUGGUUGAGUGGGAGCCGUCGGUGGCCGACCUUGCGCUGAUUGAAUAUAAACAUGACCGGUUCAUGUUGAAACAACUUACUGGACCGGCCGUGUAGUCAUUUGUGGACUUCGCAUCGAUCAGAUGCUUCAGAUUCAUCGUUGUUUAAUCGGUACUUCCUACUUAUCGCCGGCAACAAUUGGCGCUGAGGGCCCUGACUCUGACCUUUGCGGUGAUGGAGACCAAUGGCAUUCUUUAUGAUCAACGUCGCAAGGUAAAAAUGAAAAACGCUGUUCCGUGAAUUUAAGGAUAUCUACUUACUGCUGUUACGCUGUCGCCACUUGAAUGCUGUGCCUGCGGACGUCAGCGCUUCACCCUUCGUGCAUCUUCAUCGAGCGGAGGAAUGAUGAUAUUUAUUC